AUGGCCACAGCCACCUUGCAACCUAGUCUGGAGCGCGCCUGGAACACACCCAGUUGGUCCCACACAAACAGCAGCCAUAUUAAGGCCGCCCAGCUCCGCGGCGACUCCGCGGCCGCGCUCUGCCCAGCAGGUGUAGGCACCGUGCGGGGCGCGGGUCCCGCUGCGGCGGCGCGGCCCCCACGUUUCCGCCGCUCGCGGGCCUGCCCCUCCGCGUCCCCGGCCCGCUCGGGGCGGGGUCGGCGGGGGCGGGGGGNGAAGACGGAGAACCUGCUGCGCUGUAGCCGCCGCCGCAGCUCCUUCUACUGCAGCAAGGAGCAUCAGCGCCAGGACUGGAAGAAGCACAAGCUCGUGUGCCAGGUCGGCGAGAACGUUCCUGCCCCCGGCACGGGCCAACCGCAGCAGCCGGGCCGCGCGCCGCCGCCCAGGGCCGCCGGAGCCAGGGAGGCCAGGAAGGCGUUGCCGCGCCGGGACCGAGCCGUCGAGGCCGCGGGCCCGCGGGCCUCCGGAGACGCGGCCAAGGCGAAGGCGAAGGCCAAGCCCACGGCCGACCCCGCGGCGGCCUCGUCCCCGCCCCGCGCGGCCCCCGGCGGCCAGGGUCGGGUAGCGGCGGCCGCCGAGGCGGAGCCCGCGAAGGAGGAGCUGCUGGCCCGCCCGUCGCUGUACCAGGAGAAGGCGAACCUGUACCCGCCGAGUAACGCGCCGGGCGAGGGGCUGAGCCACGGCGGCCUGAGGCCCAACGGGCAGACGAAGCCGAUGCCGGCACUGAAGCUGGCGCUGGAGUACAUCGUGCCCUGCAUGAACAAGCACGGCAUCUGCGUGGUGGACGACUUCCUGGGCAAGGAGACCGGCCAGCAGAUCGGCGACGAGGUGCGCGCCCUGCACGACACGGGCAAGUUCACGGACGGGCAGCUGGUCAGCCAGAAGAGCGACUCGUCCAAGGACAUCCGAGGCGAUAAGAUCACCUGGAUCGAGGGCAAGGAGCCCGGCUGCGAAACCAUCGGGCUGCUCAUGAACAACAUGGACGACCUGAUCCGCCACUGUAACGGGAAGCUGGGCAACUACAAAAUCAAUGGCCGGACGAAACCAAAGCCAGAAGAAAAAAGUUCCAUGCUCUACUUUUCCACAUUCCUUCAAGCUGGCCGCGCUCACUGCUCCUGCUGCUGACCUCCCAGUGCCAUCCUUCCCUUUCCGGAGGCUUUCUGGCGUCUUGGCACCACGCGCUCCACGCGCCCGCCCUGGGGCUGCUGUGGGAUCCCUGCAGGACAUCGUGAGGCGCUUCUGGUGCUGUCCAGGAGUAGGGCUGUGCUCACUCAAGAUGGCUUGUAGAUACAAAUCCACCUGAAAAGAAUUACGCAGAUUCUGAAAUUUAGGGAAACAUUGGAGAAAAUUGGAUGGUUCAACGUGACAGACAAGGAUAAGUUUAAAUUAAACUUCAGAAUAAAAUGAGGAACAGAACAUCUUGAUUUAAACCUGCUGUUGAAAGUAAAGCCACUGUAGAAAAUUGAGGAAGAAUGACCAUAAAAUAUCAAAAAUAAUUCCUGAUAUAUUGGUGCAAACAACUAUUUUCUGCCUUCUUGCUUUCCUUGUCACGCCUCAUUACAUCUGUGAGUUCUUUGACUGGUUUAUGCUCCCACAAUUCUACAUCCUUUUACAUCUAGCUUAAGUCCCAUUCCCCAUCCCCAUAUUUCCCUCAACCCUGAACCUCCAGUGAUCUCGCUUUUCUCAAAAACUUUAUAUAUCUUUUAUUCCUGAAGUAUCUUCUCUAGAAAGUUCUAAGGACAAGGAUACUCUUCUGUCUUACACAAGAUGGAAAACCUUUCAUUGUUCUUGUUAUUUAUUAUUCAUAUGUUAACACUCAGUAAAUUGCCCUCAACCUGUACCUCUCUCCUCCGCUGCCCCUCUUUCCAUGUCAUCUAACUACUGUAAGACUUUUUGGAAGUCUAUGAGCAUUUUCAUCCUAUUGUGGUCAACUCUCCUUUCUAUGCUUACUAUGCUAUUUCUAGUCCCUAUUUUCCAGAUAAAAAUAUCCCCGCCAACGUGACCUGUACUAUUUUUAACUGCAAGUACUGGGAGAAAGUUCUGAAAGUGAAAUGAAGUUUUAGCCACUGUGCUAGAACCCUACACAUCCAUGAAUCUCAUGGGGAAAGGCAUGUACAUCUUUCCUCCUCCAAUCUGCAGUGAGAAUCCCCAGGGAACAUGUGUCACUUUAGAACAAGCUACAUAGUAGACGCGAUGCUGAAAGUGACCUCUCACACACUCAUCUUGAAGCUUGUGCCUAGUAAGCUGACACAAAGCUCAUCAUGUGUAUACCAUGGGAUUGAUGUGUAAAAUAAGUUUUUGAAGAGAAAAAUUAUCAUAGUUUUGA